AUGUCGACCGUAGAGGACGAUAAGAAGCCUUCCGGUGGCGAUUCAGCCGCGCACAUCAAUCUCAAAGUCAAGGGCCAGGAUGGAAAUGAGGUGUUCUUUAGGAUCAAGAGAAGCACUCAACUGAAGAAGCUUAUGAAUGCUUACUGUGACCGUCAAUCAGUGGAUUUCAACUCCAUUGCUUUUCUGUUUGAUGGCCGGCGCCUCCGAGGGGAACAGACUCCAGACGAGCUGGAAAUGGAGGAUGGUGACGAGAUAGAUGCAAUGCUCCAUCAGACUGGAGGUUUCACUGAUUAA